AUGAAGUUUCGGUUUCUAACUCAACAUUUCAUAAUAGGUAGUAAUGAUAUUGAAGAUACUAAUCCAAUCUCAUUUGUUACAGGAUGGAUUAUUUAUGAAAAGUUUAAUGAUCCGAACAAAAGUGAUGAAAAUUAUGAAAUUGUUCUCAAAUGCUUUCAAUCCAAAGACUAUCUUUCGACAUGUCAUUUGUAUUGUCGUGAAGAAAUAAAACAAAUCAUGCUAGAGAGAGUGGGUUUCAGGGCAGCAAGUGCUGCCGCUUCUUGUAAACUUAGCAAAAUGUGA